AUAAAACUUACUAAAUCUUUACCACUUAAUAGCAUUAAUUGAACGGAGGCAUCAGACUUCAGGAUGAGCAAACUAGACGACCUCCUGGGCAAAAAGAAGACGGUGGUCCCCGUUCUGGACCUCAGUCGCAGCAACAUCCAGACCGUCGAGGAGUUCAAGCGGCUGCUGGAGAAGGUGCCCGACUACAAGAUGCGGCCGGUGAAGGUGCGCGCCGAGGAGAUAAAGAUCCGGGAGAAGGACUACGCCUUCAAGAUGCCCAAGAAGGAGAUGCGCAAACUGCUGAGGGCCAACGGGGAACGGGAGGCGAUGUACACCUAUGCGGAUCCCGUGCCCAGUGAAAUGAAGGACGUGGUGCUGAUGGAACUGUGCGCCGUGCCCAUCGACUGGAAGAUGCUGACCACCUUGAGGCCCAAGAACAAGCAGGAGGAGGAGUACUUCAGCCGGAUGGUCGAGAUGGGAAAGCUGGAACUGAAAACGGAGGCCAGGGAUCGCAGGGAGUUUGCCCUAAACAACUGUGUCAAGAAGAUCAAGAAUAAAUCGGGCAUUGUGGAAACUAGACUGAUGACCUGCGAGUCCUGCGGCGAGGAAAUGUGUUGUGGCAAGACUUGUGGCGACUUCAACUAUGACCUUUACAUUCGGGUCGAGGCCAGGGUGGUUAAACCCAAACCGGCCGUAUUGUCCUCCAACAAGGCCAAAUUAAAUGGCCGCAAGAAGUCAUCGGUGGGCGGAACCAAAAUCAAAGUCAAAAAGUCCUCAAACAAAAGCAACUAA